AUGGUCAAUCUGGAGGCAAGAAACGUCGUAAAACACUUUCAGCACGACAAAUACCGGCUCAAGGCUCUGGGGGGGAUAAACCUCAAGGUAGAGGACGGCGAGUUUGUGUGCCUGGUGGGCCCCUCGGGAUGCGGCAAGUCCACCUUUCUUAGAAUUGUCGCGGGCAUGGAUACGAUGGACGAGGGUGAGAUCCUGUUUGACGGCAAGCCCGUAACCGGUACGGGGCCGGAGAGGAUCAUGGUGUUUCAGGAGGGCGCCCUGUUCCCCUGGCUCAAGGUAUCUGACAAUGUGGAGUUUGGCCUCAAGAUGGCAGGCGUUCCCAAGGACGAGCGCACGGAGAUAUCGCGGCGGUAUCUGGACAUGAUGCAGCUGACAGACUUUGCAGACUCGUACACGUACCAGCUCUCCACGGGAAUGAAGCAGCGCGUGGCAAUAGCGAGGGCGCUCGUAAUGGAUCCCGACGUACUGCUGAUGGACGAGCCCUUUGCCGCGCUGGAUGCGCAGACCAGGGAUCUGCUGCUGGUAGAGAUGCAGCUCAUAUGGACCAGAACCAAGAAGACCAUCCUGUUUGUGACGCACAACGUCUCUGAGGCCGUGGUGCUGGGCUCCCGGGUUGCAGUGUUCAGCGGCAGGCCGUCUGUGAUAAAAAAAGAGAUAUCCAUAGACUACAAGAGGCCGCGCAUACCGGAGGACGGGGAUCUGAUGAAGUACCAACAGGACAUCCUGGCCGAGCUGAGACCCGAGGUGAAGAAGGGCAAAUGA